AUGUCUCACCACAAUAUCAUUUUGUGUGUGACGACCACUUCAGUACUGUCCCCAACUCCGAUGCAGGGGGUGCGGCCAAUCCACACCAACUUGAUGCUAAUCAUUGGUUCAAUUUGGUUGAAUCUGGGUACGAAAACGUUCGUGAUACUCUUGACCGUGAUCCUCAAGGGCGACCAAUUGCCCCGCCAGCAUCGCCACCAAGCUCCGCUUCCAGGGGGUAGUAAUGGUGGUCAUGCGCCUCCAGUGCCAGUGCAACCUCCAAUUCCUCUGCUACCUGUCAACCAACCGCCAAUACCUCAUGUGCAACCGGUUCACAACCAGCCUCAGGAAGCUCCGAAUGUUCAAAAUAAUCGAAAUGAAGUCGCAGAUGACCCCUCAGAAGCAAUCGAAGCUGAUGACAAUGAUAACGUUGAUGAUGACUUGUCAGUUCCAGAGGGAGUAGCUGAAGACGAGAAUGUUCAACAAGAAGAAGAAACAAAUGUUCCUAAAGACGUUUCUAUUCCUAAUCAAGCUACAGAAGAUGACAAACAAGAAGAUGAUGAAACUCUUAAUUGA